AUGGCAGCCGCCGGCACAGACCAAACUGUGGCCAGGGAUGUCGAAGGCGCGGCAUCACCAAAGGACACAAACUCUGCAAACCGGACAGCCGCAGGCGAAGCAGGUCGAUCGGGUCAAGCCAUGGAGAAUGCUGGCAAGGCACUCGAGCCUCGUGCUGACCCUGAUGCGCAGACCACGGUUACCGACUUCCUCGACUUUACAGAGUACCUGCCAUCUGACGUGAUCCGAUCGCUGACGCUCAUCGGGAAACUCGACGAGACAUACGCCGAUGCAUCAAUCAAGGUGGACGAAUUAACGACAACGUGGGGUCAGCUCCCUAGCCUCGCGGUCGAGGACCGGCCCUCACCAGUCAAGCUGCGUGCCGACAUAUCAGAGAAGCUCAGUCAGGCAUUGAGUUCCAGGGUCUUUGCCCAUGACGAGGCUGUGAGGAUGUCCGAGAAUGUUAAUCGCCAUUAUAACAAAGCAAAGGUCCUUCUGGCGAAAUUACAAGACAUGAUGGAUCACUAUCCGACGGAGGAGCCCAAGAGUCCCGUCGUGCCGAGGUCGCCACACGCGAUUCGCGCGAAGCCCACUGGCGGCGAGGAUGGCCAGAAGAUCCGACGACAUAGGAUUCCCAAAGUCACCGUUCCGGGAGAGGUGUUUGCGCCUUACGAAAUCGAAUACGAUACCGCCAGCGAUGAUAGCGACAUCAGCACCGAUGAGGAUUCCGACAUGUACGGCACAGGACGGAGGACGCCUGCCACGCCGCGAAUCAAGAUCAUAUCGAACAAGAUUCACAAGCCAAACAGCCGGCUCGCUCGCCCUGUCAGUUAUUCCUCAGCAGCAAUGACUGCUGCCGCCGCCGCAAACGCCGCCGCCCUCCUGAACCCCCCGCCCGAGAACGCCGUGAUUGGCAGUGCAGAUGCCCCAUGGCUGCAACUUACCAACUACGAGCUAGCGAAGCUGCGAAAACGGAUGAAGAAGAACGCUACUUGGACACCUAGCGAGACAAUGGUGGCAAGAGAGCUAAAGGCGCUCGGCCGUGGACCGGACGAGUACAGGGAAGCCAAGAAGAAGGCGGAGGAUGAAGGCAAGGAAUUCAACCCCAAGGUGCCCACACUUGUCGUGGACGACGAGUCCGGGGCCCAACAUCUUCCAGCCGGUGCCAUCAGCGCCGACUCGAUAUGGACCGAGGAAGUCCCCACGAGCAAUAGAGGCAUGAAGUUAAACGAGGCCAAGAAGCUCAAGAGAGAGGCCCUGGCCAAACUGGCAGCGGAGGAGGCUGAAGAGUCUGCUAGAAAGAUGACACACGCAGCCAAGGUCUUCAUGGGAAAUGAAAAGAGCAAGUCAGAACACUCCAAGGACCCCAAGGAGCCAAAGGGAGGAAGCCAGUCCCAGGAAAAGCCCAGGACCAUUUCGUCUCGACCACUUGGCAAGCGUAAAAGAGAAGGCGAUUCUGGAACUGAAGCACCAGAAUCUGCGGAGACAACACCGCCGAGGCCACAGCCCAAGCGAAGCAAGAUGGAAACUCCUGUUCCUCCGCCCCAUCAUCCUGGUAUGAACCAGAACAACGCGCCGCCGGCGGACUUUAGCAGCAAUCAAAUUCAUAUUAAUAACACCGCCUCUAGCAAUAAAAACAACAGCAAUAACAACUCGUCACUCCAAUCGAUGACGCCGGGCACUCUCCCGCAGCCGGAAACGCCCGUUCCUAUACCAGUCCCCCCACGGAGCUCUUCUCAAUCUGCGAUGUCCCGAACUCCCAACUCGACAAGCAGCAACAAUGUCACCACGACGUCUAUACCUGUAAAACCACCUGCAGAAACUCCCGUUCCCUUGCCACGCACAGACCGACGAAAGUCCAUGACGCCGGUCGCGCCACCAUCCCGAGAGCCUGCCAGGAGAGAGACUCGGGGAGAGGCCGCGAAGCGAACACAGCACGUCUCUCCUCCCGACGUCCCUCCGUUGCAUCCUGCAUCCCGCGGCCAAACUCCAGUGGCGACCCGCCCCGGGUCCCGAGGCAAAGCGGCCAGCCAAGAGCCGCCUUCUCUCGCGGCAGAUAGACCCCGUCGCUCCAGCACGGCUCGAAACACCCCAAUGCCGGAAUUCAAACAGCCCGCGAAACGGACCAAGCGCCCCGCCCCUGGAGUUGUUAGUACCACCAACAGCGGCGGGAGCAGCGCCGUCGGCAAGCGCAAGGCGCCGCCCAAGAAGAAGGCUCGCGCGACCAAGAGGGAGAAGGGACAGGCGUUGGAGACGGAGAUGGAGGAGGUGGAUGAAGAGGGGAACCCAAUUGACCCGGCUGAGCCGCGAUACUGUAUGUGCAAUCGGGUCAGUUUUGGAACCAUGAUUGAAUGCGACAAUUUUGAUGUAAGUCGACCGGACUGCAAGAGAUCAAUACCCUAG